AUGAGUGAAUUUUGUCGUGUUGUUCCAUGGUAUAACAGUGAUGAGUGGCAGAAAGUUUACGAGGAACUCUCUGAUUCGUCAUCAAACAAAGAAAAUGCACUUAACAUAUUACUAGUGUGGAAAGCGAGAUGUCCGUCUCUUCCAUCUGGCAUAGAGUCGACAUUGUCCUUAUUACAGGUUCACGUUGAGGAUAUCCAACAUAAUGAAAACGUGAACAAUGAUCAGCUCCUUCGUCUAGCUUAUUCAUCUGCUAUAAUGCGUUUUGUAAAUCAUAUGCUGGACACUGAGACUAUUAAAGGCAGCAGUUUAUAUCAAGCCGCGAAAAACCUAGGUGUUCCUGACUGGAUUGUCGAUUUAAGACAUGAUACCGCUCAUAGUAACAAUCUUCCAUUGAUUACAUUGCUCAGAGAGGCAUGUACAAUAAGUUUGCAGUGGCUUCAACACAACUAUUGGGAUAAAUACAAACCAAACAUAACAGAUUGUGUAUCUAGCAAAAAAGAGGUUGCUAGCGAAGAUGUUAAUAAAAUUUCUAUGUUGAUCAAUUUAUAUGCCUCACUAAGCAUAUGUGCUCAUCCAAACUGCAAAAUCAAAAAUUUAUCAGAAAUACCUAAUACAGAAAUGAGUGAAUCAAUUGCAAAUGAUACCGAAGAUUUGUUUGGGGACCGUGUUGAUUUAACUAAUGUAAAGACUAUGUCUAUCAUGUCAUUAAUUAAUAUUUUAAAUUUAGAAAGUAAAAACCUACUGAAAAUCCCAGAUGUUUCCACACAUGUGAAUGAAGCUGUUCUAGGAGAAGAUUCUUUAUUUAUGUCUCGAGAGCUACUCUAUUUCUUUAGUGCUAAUGAUUUUAAACAUAAAAAUAGAUUGAAUAAUAGUUAUAUGCAAUGUUUUGAGGUUCUACUUAAAUUUCUACACAAAAAUGAUUUACUGCUUAAGUUUAUAUUGGAUCUUGUGAAAAUCACACAGAACUGUGAACAACAUUUUAAAGCUCGCCUUGCAGCAUUAUGGCUGUCAGAAAUAUUACUGGCAUUGAAGAGGUGCAACGAGUUCUCUCUAAAAAUCAAGAAAAUGUCAGUUGAUGACAAACAGUCUAGGAAUAAGAAAGACUUGACCAAAUUAUAUCAUCAUUGGUUUCCUAGCCCUAAGAAAAAUAACCUUAUGCUAGAUCUUCAGAAAGCAGUACCAAGGGAAUUACAAGAUAUUAACUAUAUUCAACCAAUAAUAGCUGCAUAUAAUCCAUUUCUUGUUUAUUUUAUACGAAAUCUUUUAAACUUGAUAGAUCCCUCUAUACCAAAUUCUGUGGCAGAAAGAGUGUACAAAUUAGCAGAAGUGAUUUCAACACCAGAAAAGUUCCCAUCACCUGCCAAUGUCAUAUACACUGAGGAUGAUCUCAAGUCAGUUAAUGAAGAUCUUGUUAAUAGUGAAGAAAUUACUGAAGAUAUACAACUUACAGAAAAGUGUGUUCCUAAAUCUGUACGAGACAGCCAAGUCAUUAAUGGCAUUUGGAGAUUAGCAUCAAAAAAUCACAACUGGUCUUCAUGUCCUAUUGGACAACUUCCUUGGCAGCAAAAGCACUAUAAUCAUGAAGCUCUGAAUUCCUAA